AUGGGUCGACUCACGAAUGAAGAGAAGGCACGUCGGGCUGCUGAAGCGCAGGCGAAUGCGGGUCUUGGCCCACUGGGAGCUAUUCCCAAGCUGAACCCAGCCUGUACUACUCGCACCUCGUCCCCUCCCAAGAGCGAAUCUCCUUCCAGAACGAGAGAUCAGGCCCAAAGCGUCGAAAACCCUUUCAAGCUAAACGCUGUGAAGUUUCACCAUAUGGCUCUCUGUACACCCCCAGUCAGAGGAUACGACAUGACACAGCUUCGCCAGGAGGGACUUACGAUCCCUAAAGCAGUAGAAGAGUUGUAUAAUAAGCUGAAAGCUACGCCCGUGGGUGGGAUUCCGCUACAGUUGAAGGAUAAGUUUGUAGACGAUGCGAACACACCAAGGAAGAGUCGUGAAGUGCCGCAAGAGUCAGAGUAUACUACUGAAGAUGUUCCCCUCCCCCUCACUGCGGAGAAGCUUCGGGAUUUUAAGGAAAGAGUGGACUUUUUCGUAGACGAAGCACAAUACAACAUGGCUACGGAUGCGUACGAACGCCAAUGGGGCCAUACAAUCGCUGGCUUCUUGCGGGAGUUCACGAUAUGGUCGUACGAGCAUGGGCAGAGGUGCCGAGUGAGGAAUAUUGAAAAUUGUUCAAUCGCGCCGUUUGAGAUACGUCCCGUUAUCGUUGGUGGCAUUGCAAUCCGACUCGGAGAUGGAGACGAAAGCGCGUCCGUAAGCACAAGCAAUACCGCAAGUUCGCGGUUGAAGACCACAGCAAUCACCAAGAUGAUCGAUUGGACUGUAGGACUGGUUCUUAGCCGAGAAGAUAUGGGCAUCAUUGAAGAUUGGUACCGCAAAUGUCUCAAUCAUCCACUCUGGGCCAGUCUCAGUCAAUCGAACUCUUAUCGCGAUGCACUCUGCAUCGAUAUCGAGAUCAAGCGAGUCGCCGAUCCCGACCCCCGUGUCCAGCUUUCAGUAUGGGCACAAGCAGGCUUCAAUAAGAGAUUGGCUCACGGAUGGGACUUCACAAUGCCUGCGCCGGCUAUUGUCAUUGAUCAGCAUAUUUGGACGGGCUACCUUUUCUUUGGUGUGCCAGGCGAUCCGCAAGAUCCGGAGGACCAGGGGAGUCUCAUCAUGCUUGGACCUAUGCACUUCGGAACCACGGCCGACAACCGCGGAAUCUGGCAGAUUAUCCAGAAAGUUCAUGUCUUGAUGACUUGGGCGGGCACUGACUAUCGGAAAUGGUUCGACGAGAACGUAAUCAAGACGGCAAAGCUGGCAACAAGACCGUACGUGGAGGAGGAUAGCAGUCGCGCUGGAGAGCACAGUGGAUGA